AUGUCGGUUGUUGUGACAAUCUGUACUUUUGGAGUCUGUAUACUUUUAUCAUCAACUCAAACAGAAAUUGUCCCUCACAUCAGAGGUCACCUGUGUGCGGACUGGACAGGAAGACUUGGAAAUAUCAUGUUUCAAUACGCGUCACUCUUUGGAAUAGCAAAACGAAAUGACAUGGAAUUUGUUAUUCAUAAAUUCGAUGAAAUAACCUAUUCGUUUGACAAUUUAUUUGCGCUUAAAGUACAAAAUAACUCGAUUUGUGAAUAUGCACAACCAUGGGGCGAAAGUGAGCCUUGUCUGUAUGACGAGAAUGCUGCCAAUGUUCCCGCAAAUCUCAAUGUCAAACACGUGUCUCUAUUACAAUCAUGGAAAUAUUUCAGUCAUGUCGAACAAGCUAUUCGAGCACAAUAUAACUUCAAAAAAGAAUUUGAAACUAAAUGCCUACAAGUUUUGAAAGACGCUAUUAUUGAAUGGACUUCAAAUCAUUCAUAUGUACCUAGGGAUAAACUGCAAGUAGUUGGAAUUCACAUACGAAGAGGGGAUUUUUUAGACAAAGGUAAAAUCGCGUACGGCUAUCAGACAGCUAGUGCAGAAUAUAUCAAUAAAUCAAUGAACUACUUCCGGGCGAAAUUCAAGCAGGUAUUGUUUUUAGCAUACACUGCUCAUAAUUUGAAAGAUAUGUCAUGGCGUGAAAAACAUGUGGUCGGAAGUGACGUUGUUCGUAUGCACAUGCAUUCCCCGGAAGUUGACAUGUGUGUCUUAUCUAAAUGCAACCAUUCUAUAAUAACAGUUGGGUCAUUUGGCUGGUGGGCGGCAUGGUUGGCUAAUGGUACAACCAUUUAUUAUAAGAAUAUAGCUAAAAAUAAUAGCGAGUAUAGAAAGGAUUUCAGCGAAGACAUGUCUGAUUAUUUUUAUCCGGGAUGGAUAGGACUCUAAUUUAUCACAUAUAAUGUUAAUAUUGCUGAUCGAUAUCAAAUUGACAUUAUUUUAAAAUGCACGUAGGACUAGAUUUGAUGAUCGAUAUGUAUACUGCUUGAUAAUAUAAAAAAAGUGAAAAUCAAAGUGCAUGUAGUAUAUUAACGGAUUAAAAGAUAGUAUUAUUGCCUGUAGAUAAUAACAUUGUCAUAUUCAAUCUGUUUGUAUGAAUAGAUUCUAAGAUAAUAUUAUACUACAAAAAAGAAUAAACAUAUAUAUAAAUAAGUAACCAGUGAUGCUCAUAGUACAUAUAGACGAGAGUAUGGAUAAAGGGGGUCCUUGUUUCUGCAUUUUCUAAAAUUUUGCACACAUUUUUUUCUCUUUUCUUUAUUUUCUUUACCACUCUUUUUCUUUAAUAUAAUGUAUAAUACUUAUUCGUCAAUAUUCUUUAUAUUUUAGCACCCCAUUUUUUUAAUUCUUUAUUUCAUUGCCCUUUUUCUAUACAAGUAUUCCUCUAUGUUUUGGCUCAUUAUUCUCUAUUCUGAAAAACCCUUCCACUUCGAGACGCAUAUAGACUAUGAACCAAAACCGAUCGAACGAUAUUGAUAGCAUGAUUUAUAUCGAUACCGACUGAACGAUAUGAACGAUAUUGAUAGCAUGAUUUAAUAGAUGCCGACUGAACGAUAUUGAUACCAUGAUUUAUAUAGAUACAGACUGAACGAUAUUGAUACCAUGAUUUAUAUAGAUACAGACUGAACGAUAUUGAUACCAUGAUUUAUAUAGAUACUGACUAAACGAUAUUGGUAGCAUGAUUUAUAUAGAUACCGAAUAAAUUAUAUUGAAUCUGCAUGCAGAAAUAUAAUCACAUAAACGGCUUCCAGAUAUCGAUAUUGUUUAUACGAAUAUUUAUGAAUAAAUUGAGAUGUUAGAUAUAUGUCAAACAGAUAGCAACACAAAGACUAAAUAACCAAAAGUCAUCUAAAAGUAAACAAUAUGACUAAACAAUAUGACUAAACCCGCUGCAUUUUUAUGCACCUGUCAUAAGUCAAGAGCCUGUUGUUCAGUGGUUGUCGUUUGUAUGUGUGGUUCAUAAGUGUUUCUCGUUUCUCGUUUUUAUAUAGAUUAGACCGUUGGUUUUCAUGUUUGAAUUGUUUUACACUAGUCUUUUUGGGGCCCUUUAUAGCUUGCUGUUCGGUGUGAGCCAAGGCUCCGUGUUGAAGGUCGUACUUUGACCUAUAAUUGUUUACUUUUUACACAUUGUGACUAUGAUGGAUAGUUGUCUCAUUGGCACUCAUACCACAUCUUCUUAUUUAUAUA